CGGCCCCACGUGGUGGCGGGAGCACACCGCGGAGCAGGGAGCUCUCCUGCCCGACAUGAACCCGUUCCCCUGGUUCCCCCCGCCGGGGUUCCCUCCGCCGCCGCCCUGGGGCCCUAGCCUCUGGGCUCCUCCCGCUGCCUUCCCGCCGCACGGCCACUAUCCUUCUCCCGACGGCUACUCGCAGCCGGCCGAGAACUGCCCGCCAGCUGAACGCUACUCGCAGACAGAGAGCUACGGGCCACCCGCUGCCUGGUACACCCCGGCCUACAGAGAGCAACGGCAAGGCCCGUACGCUGGUGGAAAUGGCAAUUUCUCCCAGAAAUGGCAAGGCGAGCAAAGGCCUGGAUCCGGCAAAUGUUAUCCAGAAGAAAAGAACAAGCCAAAGAACAAAAAGAAAAAAGAACCUGUCUUCACUCAUUAUUGUGAUACCUGUGACCGUGGCUAUAAAAACCAGGAGAAGUAUGAUGAACAUAUUUCACAACAUAAACAGUGCACAGAAGAAGGUUGCAAUUUCAGCGCACAUGAGAAGAUAGUUCAGAUACACUGGAAGAAUGCACAUGCACCUGGUGCUAAAAGAAUAAAAUUAGAUAGUCCAGAAGAGAUUGCUAAAUGGAGAGAAGAAAGAAAAAAAAAUUUUCCUACGUCGGCAAACAUUGAAAGGAAGAAGGCGAUGCAGACGCAGAAGGAAGAAAGGGGAGAAGUGCUGACUACCCAACAGUUUGGCAAAAUGAAGGGGAUGUGGAAACCUUCAGGAAAUGAAGAGAGGCUUGAGCAGCAAGGAAGACAGAAGAGAAGACAAAGGCGCCCAUUUUGGAAGAAAUUUAAAAAGAAUGGUGAUGAUUAUAAUGUACCUAAAACUGAAAAUGAAGCAAAUGGGGCAGAAAAUGGCAUGUGUGAAAAGGAACAUGAAAACCAGGAUGCGUUGGCAUCUCAGCCGUAUGUGAAGGAUGUAGACCCUCUUGGUCUUCUGGCAAACAGUGAUGUUGAAUCUGACAAGGAUGAAGCAGCAGCUGAAGACAAGAGGUUGGGUUUGACUGUUGUUCCCAAGCAGGUCACCUCUGCUCUGAGCUCCUUGUCAGCUAACUAUGGCAGCGUGUCUGACAGUGAGCCUGAAGAAAUCCCUGUCAAGACUGCAACAAAAACUGAGAAAAACCAGCCUGCGCUCAAAACUGCGCCUCAAACUACUUCUGUUCCUUGGAACCGAAAUCCGAAGCAAAAACGUCCAGAACAUGCAGGCGCGAUGUUGAGAAGCUCAAAUUCAAAUGCACGUCCCCCCAGAGGGCCUGAUAACUGGGGCAAGAAAACAUUACCUCUUCUUCCGAAGCGCCGGCCAACUCUGCUGGAAAUGUUACUGGCCCAGGACAUCCGGCAUGAAAGGAAUGUGAUUUUGCAGUGUGUUCGAUACCUCAUCCGGAAUAACAUAUUUGGACUUCAUUUUAAAACAGAACCACAAGCUGAAACAGAGACUGAACAGCCCUCUACAACAGCUACAGCAGAGUCUUUGGCAGACAAACUCAAUGAAUUUAGUUGUUCUUGUAGCUCUGACCUUCAGUUAGCAGGAGGAAGAGAAGAUGCAUUAUUAAUAGCCCAGGGUGAGAAAGCACCCGAGGAUCAGGCUUCGCAGAUGGCUCACUUGGCAGAUGAGGACACAUGGGAAACCCCAUCAAUUCAGUGUGAACAAGUACUGUAGAUGAUGUCUGUUCUGGACAGUAAAGCAGAGGCUCAUGUUUUCUACCUGACUGAUGCUUUUUGAAAAACAUCAGUAUAACAAAAUGAUCAUUAAAUUACAUACUGAGAACUGUUAAAACCACUUUUCUGAUCUGUUCUGCCUGAGGUAGCAAUUUCCUUGUGAAAACAUCAUCUGCUCUGAGUAAUUGCAUUUCCUUGUGGCAGAAAGGUAGCACUGGCACAGAGCAGGACCUUGUCUAGAGUAGGUGCAGAUCCUCACUUUUGAGCUUCAGAGCUCUGAAUGUUUUACCUGUUUAAGAAGUGUGUGUCAGUCUAUCACCAGAGCCAAGUAAUGAUGUGGUAGGGUGGAUCUUCGUGUGAAAUUGUGGUCUGGUGUGAUGUGUCUGGGAGGAACUUUAGUGUCCAGAAUUAUUUCAGUGUCCUUCUGAUUUCAAUUCAUUGCACAUUUUGUUUUUCCCGGCUGUUAUUGAUGCAAUACAUCCAAUAUAAAUGCCAUAUACAGUGAAGAAAUUAAAUGGAAGAUCCAGCUGACCUGGCUCUAAAAGCAUUGCUUGCAGUAGGAGUCUCUUCCUCUCUGAACCAACUUACCCAAGCAGAGAAAUGAAAAUGAGGGUGCAGACUGAUGCAAGAAGCAUUUUUUUAUAAAUAAAUAAAUAAAGAUGUGGCUGUUAACUGCUUGCAUCACUGCUAGGUUGCUGGUUGACCUCAGGUACCCAAUAUUAAGCCUUAACUUCUCUUACAGUCAUUGCCUGGCAAAUCUGACUCUUGAAGCAAAAUCUUAGUAUUAAUACUAUUAAAGUUCAGAAAGUUUA